CCCUCCGUUGCUAAGUAACGACUCCAGGUCGGUUAGCGCAGCAUCCGCAGCAGGUGGAACYGCUCCUGUGCGUCUCUGUCAGGUGAAACAGGAGGAUGGAGGAAGGCUCCGAGUUCUCUCAGAGCAUGGCUCAGGUCGUCCAGCGGCUCAGAGGGACCAGUUUACAUUCUCAGAUAGAGAGACAAGCUAAAGACUGUUUGCAUCGACCCGAGAUAAAGCUGGAGUCUCUGAAAGAGGACGUGCGUAAUUAUCUUAAAACAGCAGGUUGGGAGAAAAAGCUGCAGAAUGCUGUCUACAGAGAGCUACACAUCCAGCUGCCUCCAAGUCAUCCCAGAGCUCCUGCAGAGCAUCUCAAAGAGCCUCUGGYCUACAUGAGGAAGGCUCAAGCCAGCUGGGAGAAGCGCGUUCUCAAAAGCCUGAACAGYAUGAGCACGGAGCUCGAAGUGCCCCUGGCUCGCAAGAGGCCUGCAGCCGAGCAGAAGGAGCUCACCAACAAAUGGAAUGAGAUGGGCACGGACGAACCAGAUUUAAGUCGCUUCAGGCCCGUCUACGCCCCGAAAGAUUUUCUCGAGGUCCUGGUCAGUCUGAGGAACCCCAACCACGACAGCUGUGAGGGCGUCAGCACCCGCAGCCACUGGGGGCUCGUCCAGGUUCCCCUCAAUGUCAGGGACAUCCCGCAGCUGAGAAAAGUCUACUCAGAGCUGAACCUGAGCAUGGGCCAGUUGGGGAUUGACGACGUCGCAAACAUCCAUCCAGACUUGUUUGAGAACGACUAUGUCCACAUCGGGAAAAAAGUUGUUUCGGAGCAGGACAGCGCCGCGGCCCAGCAGUACAGCAGGCGGGGUUGUCCCACGGGGCUGCGGGCGGACCUGUGGGCCCUCAUCCUCAACUCCACAAACCAGCCGCAGGAUGUGAUGCAUUACGAACAACUGAAGGCUGGAGUCAUACAACACAGCCUGCUGGUUGAUAACCUCAUCUACAAGGACGUGAAGCUCACCGCUAGCAACGACGACUACUACUUCGUGUUUGAAGAUUUCCUCUACCAGGUGCUCUUAUGUUUCUCUCGAGACACCGCCGUCCUGGAGCACUUCAAUUACAACAGCGCCAUGCCUCCCAAAUCCUUCCUUCACGUGGGAGACGAGGAGCAUGUUGUUGUUUAUCCUCCAAAUGGAGUAAUUCCUUUCCAUGGGUUUUCAAUGUACGUGGCGCCCUUGUGUUUCUUGUACAAUGAGCCAUCCAAAUUGUACAGUGUCUUUCGGGAAAUGUACAUCCGCUACUUCUUCAGACUGCACUCCAUCUCUUCCUCUCCUUCAGGCAUCGUGUCCCUCUGCCUGCAGUUUGAGCGGCUGCUCCAGACCCACCUGCCUCAGCUCUUCUACCACCUUCGACAGAUCGAGGCUCAGCCCCUGCGUAUAGCCUUUAAGUGGAUUGUGCGAGCCUUCUCUGGGUACCUCUCCACUGAUCAGCUGCUGCUUCUUUGGGAUCGAAUCCUUGGAUAUAACUCACUGGAGGUUGUUGCAGUUCUUGCUGCCGCAGUGUUCGCCUUCCGUGCCGAAAACCUGAUGGAGGUGACGUCACUGGCCUCGGCCGAGGCCGUCCUCGCCGACCUUUCCACUCUCAAGRUCAUGCCGCUCAUCCAGAUCUUUCUUUUCGCCGCCGCCAUCUGAAGGUGCCUGAGAUGAAGCUAACGGACCCGGGUCCCCGGCCGCGCCAAGCACGACUUAUCAAUCGUCAACGAACAGGAGGAAGGAAGGAAAACCGUCUCACUUUAUGUGGUUUAAGCAAAUAGCCCAACCCAGCUUUAGCACGUACGCACUAUAAAUAGUAAAUUCCCUUUACRAUGCUGUUAGAUAUACAUCGUGUAAGUAAACAGAACCUGGCCUCGAUAAGCCAUAAGGGAAGAUGAUCCUGGCAGCAGCAGGGAAGCUCAAUAAAAAAAGUUGCACGAAGCAGUAAUUGUAUUGCAACAGUGGCGCGUGGAGGGAAACAACUACAGUAAUGUCUCCAAGCUUGGCUAAUGAAGUGUUAAUUAGCGCCCGCAAUUUAUUCAGCCGAGCUUCUUAUUACGCCGUUAGAUUAUGUUGUUACUGCUGAAUGAUUUGAUGCUCUGCUUUCCUCCAGCAUGUUGAAAGAAACUGUGAUUGAAAGGAAAAAAGAUACACUAGUGUUUAUGUUGUCAGAAGCUGCAGACGGCAUGCAUUUUAUUAUGAAGGGAUUGUGUAAUAUUAUAGGAUGYUUUGUACAGAGGCCAACAGAGGACAUGCUUAUGAAAAGGAUUUUCAUGACCUUAUCUCAAGAUAACGAGUUACCUCCAUAUCUCACCAUUAGUUGUAAAAACAGGUUCGUAUAUUUAAUUAUUUUGACCCGAAAAACCUCAACUUCUUGAAAAGACUUCAUCUUUUUAGUUYAAACAAUUGAUUUUUUAGUUCUUUUGUUUUCAUUACGAUGGAAACAAAUAUCAUUUUGUCCCAAUUAUAUGUUAUUAAUUCACUGAUGAACAAUCAACAUCAGAAAAUAGGUCCAAUAAAUGGAAGGAUUGACGACACACAAAUCUGCUUCCUGUCACCAGACCACCAUGUGACCUUUGACCUCUGUGGUUCCAUAAACAAUUAAAUAAAUGUUCCUGGACGUUCAGAAUGAGCUCAGGUGGCCAGGGCGCUGCUGGUUUCAUUGAUUAUAUUAUAUUCAAUGACUGAGUAGAAAAGCUCAUUUACUCAAUGAAGUUAUUUAUCUCAUUAUGUUGAGAUAAUAGUGUUUAUUUGAUUAGUUUUGUUUUUCUUUUGGCUGUUUAUUUAUUUAUUUGUUUAUUUAUUUAUUUAUUCAUUUAAUUAUUUUUGUCGAGGUUGCAAAAUGCAGUUAAAUAACCUGUGACUGACAUUUAUCAUCAGUUCACUGGACCCAGCUUAUAAUCCUCCUAAUCCACUUUAAAUUCAAAGUUUAUUAAACUCUUCAGAAAUAAUUCUUAGUCUCGUAUUUCUCAUAAUUUCCUUUGAAAUGGACCAUUUUUCUCUGCUGGCUGCUGUAAAAAUGAGAAAUCCCUUCAUAUAAUGUUUGUCAUUGCUAAACUUUCUUUUUUUAAAUAUAUUGCUGGAAUUCCCMAAAACAUCACUCCUGACCAAUAAAAACUAAGUUUUAAAACUG